AAAAAAACGAUGUCGUACGACGACGUGGAGAUCGAGGACAUGGAGUGGAACGAGGAGCUUCAGGCUUACACGUACCCUUGCCCUUGCGGAGAUUUGUUUCAGAUCACCAAGGACGACCUCAAGCUCGGGGAAGAGAUAGCUCGGUGCCCUAGCUGUUCGCUUUACAUCACCGUCAUAUACAACAUGGAGGAUUUCUCCGGUGAACCUGAUCGGAAAACCAACAAGGGCCUCGAACCGUCCAAGCAGCAAACCGUCACCGUUGCUUGAAUCUCCAUGGAAAAGAAGGGAAAUUUUGCAGAAGUAUUUUAUAAAGGGCUUUAGCUUUACUUUUAAUUUCACUCUUUUUUGAACGGUAUUCAAACAUAACUUGCAGAGGUUAGGUUAAGGUGAAAAAUAAUAAUAACCUCGUGAAACUGUUGCUCAAUCAUGAAACGUGUACUGGUUGUUUCAAUUUCUGAGUAAUUCGGCAAUAUUUGGCUCGAUUAUGGUUCAUGAAGUUUGGAAAGCAAGAUAAAUGCUGAUCUUGUUUUCUAUCUUUUUUUAAUUACCCCUUGAGGAAGGAUUACCAUAAUGUUGUGGCAUCUCCCAUUUCUAGUUCCACUGAUUUUUGUUUUCUGGUUACGUAUCGUCUGGAAAAUGUUAAAGUUUAGAAGGGUUUGGUUUUCAAAAUCUACUUUAUUGGAAUUAGUUUUUUAAAAUCAAUGUUUUUCACGGUUUGGCCAGUUUUAAAAAUAAAUUUAAAAAAUAUUAAAAUAAUAUUUUUAAUUUUUAAUUUUUUAGUUUUGAAAAUUCUUUUUAAAUAAACAUUAUUGUUUUCAAAAAAUAAAUAAAAAUAGUUUAUUUUUUUAUUUUUAAAAUAAUAUUUUAAAAAUUAAAAACAAAAAAAUGGUCAAACAGUCAAUGUUUCUUUAAUUAUAUUUGGUUAUAUUUGAGGAGUAAUAAAAAAAUUAGAAUUUGUAUAUGAUUAAAUUUAAUAUUAUAUUUAAUUAUUCACUAACUUUACUAGGCCUCAUGUGAAUUGACAAUAGUUCUUUAAUUCAUUUUCCUGAGUUUCUUGCAUACUGUUUGGAUAGCUAGUCUUUCAUCGUAUAGUGUAUUUCAAAUGAAAUACCUAAACCUAAACUAUUUGCUCUUUGUAUGCGAGACAACGACCGAGAAACAAUGUUUUGGAAGGAAUAUUUUUCCUACUUUGUAUUGUACUUUGGAAUGCUCUGAGUAAUGGUUUAAGAGUCCAUUGUACAUUUCCAUAAGCACGUUUUAAGUUCUAGUUAUCUAAAUGGCAGAUGUUAUUUAUUUAUGUUUCAAGGUUCGUAACAAUUUCUAUUCCAAAGGGUGAUAAAUUAUAAUUCAUUUAUUACCUCCUAUGGGCUUUUUUUUGACAGUGUCUUAAUGAAUAAGCUAUAAUGCUUUUCCUGUCUUUGCAGUGACAUGCAAUGGAGGUGGCAAAGUGGCAGACGAUAAUUCCAAAGUUUUGUUAGAGCUUGACUAGUUAUGAAGUAUGUGAG